AUGUCUGGGCCAGGAGAACGUUUCCAUGUUCUGGCUCAGCUAGAUCAUCUGCACUCGAAAUAUACCGGAACUGGUCAUGCAGAUACAUCACGAUAUGAGUGGUUAACGAAUCAAAUGAGAGACACACGCGCCUCUCAGAUGAGCCACCCAGGUAUGACAUCGUUUAUCGCCAUUGUCGAGAACGAGUCUCGCGCCAGGACUCGUUACAAUCUUUUGAAUCGUAUGAUUUUACCGUGUGGUCCUCCUCCCGAGAAGUCACCGCUUGAUGAUUGA